GAAGCUCUGUGUCUGGAGGGGACCCGGCGCCAUCUCAGGUCUCUUUGCCUUGCUAGGGCCCACCACAAAAAGCUGACGCCCAGGUCCUACAAUCCUUAUGGGGGACCAACCUUGCACCUCCGGGAGAUCUACGCUCCCACCUGGAAACACGCGGGAAAUCAAGCCUCCGAAAAAGCGCUGCCUCCUAGCUCCACGGUGGGAUUAUCCGGAAGGGACCCCCAACGGAGGUACUACCCCUCUCCCCUCCGCACCUCCUCCUGCAUCACCCGGCCUGAAGUCGCACCCUCCUCCUCCAGAGAAGUAGUAGAUUAUACUUCUCCCACCCUAAACCAGGUAUUCAGGAAGCAACCUAGGAUGGACCCAGUCAUUCUGCCUGGUAGUAAUCAUGAACUUUCAGAGAGGAAAAGGGAAAUUUGGGUGAGCCUUAAAGGUCUUUGAGGGAUUGCAGUAUGACUCCAUUUUCUUGGUGCAUUCAUAAAAUAGUUUAUUCAGUGAAGACAACGAGGAUUAUUGACAAUGCUACCCUGCUUUUCCUGUUGUCCUGCACUGGGAAGUUGUGACUUUUAAGAACUCCCAAAUCAGUAUAUAUCAACUCCUCCAAGCUUCCAUAUUCAGCCAUAACACCAUCACACUUGACCUGCAAAAAGGUGAAUGAAAGCUAGUUUUGUGACUAUUACCCUCAACCAUAAAGACUGUAUAUAAGGGUACACAAGGAUAAUAGAUGCAGACAUUUUUCUACAACUGGACUAUAUGUACCCCAUGCCCUCUAAUAAAGAUAUAAGAAAACCCUUUCUCUUAAGCUACCUAUGACUUAGAACAAUUUGGUAAAUUAUACCUUUGUGAGCAGAAUUGAAACAUUUAUAGUUUUCUCCUUAUUUGAUUACUCCAAAAUCCAGAAACUCUAUAUCAUGAGAAUUAAAAAUGUACUUUUCCAAAAACCGUGCAAGAUAAAGUGGGACAACUUAAUAUAAACUUCAGAGAAAUCACAACACCUCAUAUAUGGACAAUCUCAGUGCCUGUUGCAGAAAAAAUCACCAGGGACAAUCAAUCUGCAAUCUGUCACAUUGUCACUUUCUCCCUCUACUCCAUUUGAAGAUUCUUCAACCCAGACACCUAGAAAUCUUUUCAACUGGCUGCCUUCAGAAAUGAGAAACUGGAAUAAUAGUCUGCAUCAGUCAUUAACCAUUGCUUAUCUUCUCAUUUACAUAGGGAUGCCUCUUACUAAAAACCUUGAUUGCUUACAGCAAUAGGCCUAACUUUGGGAACGACCUGCAUCAUCACCUCUUGAAAUGAGAGACAACUAUUUAACUGAACUGACCUAUUUUCAAGACUGAGACUUGUUUUAAAGCUUAUAUAUAAUAAUAAUGUCCUAAUUGGGCUUUUCUUAAGGUUUCAAUGGGAAAAUUGGCACAAAUACUGAGUUGAACGUAAACUCAUAUACUGCAAGCAUGUCUCUUGCUUAUGUCCCCCCCUUCAUUAUAUCAGGGAUAUAAUGAACCCAAGAAAGGCAUUGUCACCUUGGCAGCAAGGACUUAAAAUGUUUUGUUUGAUCUAUUAUGUUUUCAGAGAGAAAAAUCCUGAUCAAAAAGGGAAAAUUAGGAAUGGAGUGAAGAAAUAAAAUGGAGUCACUAUUGUCAAGCUAAGUUACUAACUUCAAGUAGGUUGGGGUAUGAGGAAACUAUUCCAUUCUGUUUAACUAGGCUGCAAACUUUAAGUUACGAACUUUCCAGUCCUGUGUCAAUGCCUGUAUAUACAUAAAACCUCUAGGUAACCCUCUGAUUAACCCCUGAAGGAUUAAGAAAAGAAUUUUCAUGUAUCCAGACCACAUGACAUCCAGUAUUCAGACCACUGUUCAUCUAGUGAAUUACCAUAUUGGACCAAUCCAGAGGUUAAUAAUAUAGGACUGAUUUCUCUCAACCAUGUACUUUUUAAUAUAAGAACUAUUAGCUUUUCUUUUUGUUUUUUUCUUUUUUCCUCAGAAGACUCUGGCUAUAGCUCAGCAGUGUUUCCAGUUUGCAAACCCUAAAACCCUUAAAUAAAUUUUAUUUAUUUCUAGCAAAGCCUCCAGACUUUUUGAGUUUGUUCAACUGGGGCAAGUCUAGGGACUACAUUGGAGCUUUCAGAGAUUCCAAACUGAAAAAAAACUAGGAAAGGUCAGAAUAUGAAUGAGGUCUGCACUCUGGGCAUAAGUGCUUCUUUAAAAUACCUAGUGAAAGUUUGGACCUUGUUAUUUUAAAAACACCCAUUAUUAGGUAUAUAACAUUCUGCUUUGCCUUUGUCAAGGAUGUUUUGUAUCCCUGCCCACACUGGAGGCCCAAAUUUCACCCAUGUUCAGAUUCCCUGGUAAAAGUAUGCUGGUGACCAAGUGACAAGGAGAAAAUUCUGAGAUAUCCUAAAUUAAAUUACAGCAAGCUGGAAGGUAGAAGGAAGAAACAAGAGGUUAGCAGUGCAUAGCAAGAGAGGAAGGAGGUUGGGGGACUGGGUGGGAAAGGUGAAGAGAUUUAACAACUGGUGGUUACAGAAAGACUUGGGAAUAUAAAGUACAGCAUUGGGAAUAUAGUCAAUAAUAUUGUAUUAAAUAUGUACGGUGCCAAGUAGAUACUAGAAAUAUAAGGGGGAACAUUUUGUAAAGUAUAUGAUUGUCUAACUAUUAUGUUAUACACCCAAAA